AUGAGGACUAUGAUCGGACUAUCAGAUCUUCAUGAGACGAAGACGGGAAGUAUAAAAGCACCAAACACCAUCACCGAGGACAGUUAUGACCUAGAUGGGGAGAAUUUUGGUCAGGAAACAACUACCGAGCAACCACCAAUCAAAUCAGCAACUCCACUCAAUCCGGCACCCGAUCAGACUACUCGUGUUCCUGAUCGGGUUGACCCUCGGAUACAAACAAACCCUCCUAAUAAGACAAGUGACGAAAAGAAGAAGGAAAAACGCUUUAUUCCCCCGCCUUACAAGCUGUCUCUACCAUUUCCUGAGAGGUUUUGCAAAGAACUUCUACAGAAAUACAAGGCAUUGUUUGACAAACAGAUGAAGAAACUUGAGCUUCAUAUGCCUAUAAUGGAUGCCUUUGCCCUCAUACCUCCAUACCAGAAAUUCUUGAAAGCUACAGUGAUGGAGAGGAUCAAGCAAGUCCAAGGGAUAGUCAUACUUAGCCACGAGUGUAGUGCCGUUAUUCAAAGAACAGUCUCCCCCAAGAAACUUGGCGAUCCAGGAUCGUUUACUCCUCCAUGUUUAAUAGGACCAUUGUCGUUCGAAAAACACCUUUACGAUUUGGGAGCAUCAGUCAGCCUCAUGCCACUAAUUGUAGCCAAACGGUUGGGAUUUAAGAAUUUCAAACCUAGUGAUAUACAGUUAAUUAUGGCAGAUAAAUCUGUAAGCCUACCACAUGGGGUGUUGGAGGAUCUGCCAGUUAAGGUGGGAUCUGUAGAAGUGCCAACUGAUUUUGUGGUCUUGGAAAUUGAUGUGGAACCAAAGAAUCCUUUGAUCCUGGGAAGACCAUUCUUAGUCACGACAGGAACGAUGAAAGAUGUGAAGAACGGGAAGAUUUAUUUGACCCUUGGAAAGGGUUUCACCAUGAAUUUUGAUAUUCAGGACGCCAUGAAAAAACCCACUAUAGCUGGCCAAACUUUCUAG